AUGAAUAACGUCAAAACUGUGGUUUACAUUAUGACUGUCGUAGUAUUUUUGACUGUACAUUGCAAUGCACGAAUAGGGAAAGAAUCUCACAAAUCUGUCAAUAAACGUGCUUGCGGUCGUCCUGGUGAUGUUUGUACCAGCACGACUGAUUGUUGCGGUCAUGAUGAUCCUGAAAGUGGCCAUUGUGUUCUGUGUACUGGUAUCUUUGUUGGUCUUUUUGGUAUUGGCCGUCGUACGUGUGGUUGUAGUACUCGUUCCGUUGCUGUUGAUCUUGCUACACAUAAAAUUGUGACUGAUGUUUGCGAUGGUCGCGAUCGGUCUGGUAGUCGUGUUUGUCGUACACGUAUUGCUCCUCCUGGUGAUUCUUAUUAUCGUGGUGAUGAUUACUAUAAUAGUCGAGGGAAAUAA